UUUCCCAGGAAAGUUGAGUCGGUAUCAGAGCGAGUUGUGCAGGUUAAACAGGUGGUUUUGGGCUUUACUGUUUGCGUUCUCACACAGAAGCGGUGUGUUGCUGAAGGUAUGAGGCGGUUGAGAUGGGAGUUAGCGGGGCUGUUAGUGUUCGGUGUGUGUGUGUUGGAGUGGAGUGAAGUGACCGGCGCCUUCACACAGGCUCUGGACAGCGACUUCACCUUCACUCUCCCUCCAGGACGCAAGGAGUGUUUCUACCAAACCAUGAAGAAAGACGCCUCCCUGGAAAUUGAGUAUCAGGUCCUGGAUGGCGCAGGACUGGAUGUGGAUUUCUACCUGUCCUCUCCUACUGGUCACGUUCUGGCCUCUGACUUCAGGAAGUCUGAUGGAGUUCAUACUGUAGAGACCGAGGACGGAGACUACAUGUUCUGCUUUGACAACACCUUCAGCGCGGUGUCUGAGAAGAUCAUUUUUUUCGAGCUUAUUCUGGACAACUUGAAUGACGGAGAAGAUCCUGAGAACUGGAAGGAGUACGUGCAAGGCGCUGACCUGCUGGACAUGAAGUUGGAAGACAUCAUGGACACGAUAAACAGCGUGAAGGCACGAUUAGGGAAGAGUCUGCAGAUUCAGACGGUGCUGAAGGCCUUCGAGGCGCGGGACCGCAACCUGCAGGAGAGCAACUACAACCGCGUCAAUAUCUGGUCUUUCACCAACAUGGCGGUGAUGGUGGUGGUGUCCUGCGUGCAGGUCUACCUGCUGCGCAGCCUCUUCGACGACAAGAGGAAAAUGCGUACGUAACCUCUGCCAAACAUCCGGGAGGAGAAAUCCGGGGACUGAAAAGAGAAAUGUUCUGGUUUUCUUUCCAUCAUCAAACUCCUCCCUAACUCUCCUCACCUCCACCUGCUUCUGCCCAAUCAAGCUGAGCCAAGAAAACCCUGGUUUGGUUUCUAAGCUGCUAUAGGUGACAGAUCUUACAAAAAAGGAGGACACCCAAUGUAUUUUUAAUGUAACUUGAGCAAAGAAUUGACUGUUGCAAUUUCUUAUCGCAUCAUUUUAAAGUAAAUUUUUAUCAACGUUAACAGCACUGACCUGAGAAAACCACCGAGGCUCUGACACACCUCUUUUUUUUUUUUUUUCCCUCCUCCAAGAGCUGCAGAAUUAAACGUUUAAUUUAGGGAAUAUGGUAAUAGACUUGUUUUUCUUUUUUUCAGUCAUUUGUGCCAGAACUUUACUGUACUUCAGGCUGCUUUUUUUUAUCUCUCAUCUCAUUAUCUGUAGCCGCUUUAUCCUUCUACAGGGUCGCAGGCAAGCUGGAGCCUAUCCCAGCUGACUACGGGUGAAAGAUGGGGUACACCCUGGACAAGUCGCCAGGUCAUCACAGGGCUGACACAUAGACACAGACAACCAUUCACACUCACAUUCACACCUACGGUCAAUU